AUGACAUCAGUUGAAUCACUCAAACAAGUCUCUGGACAUCUUCUUUCUCCGGUAUCGAAACGUGAGAUCUACGAACAAGACCUCGUCACCCUCACGGCAAUCGUCCAGGAGACCAGCCAAUCCGAUGUGGCCAGGGUGAAGCUCGCUCGUCAUAUAAAGUUCAUAGACACUGUUACUCAAGUACUAGAGUCCAACCAUCUUCUGUAUGCCACUGAUCCAUUGCAAACGCUAUACUUGAGAGUGUUUAGGGGGUUUUUGUUAUGUAUCAGAAACGUGGUGAUGAAGUCCACUGAGCUUGAGAACUCGCUUAUCUGUUUCAACCUAUCACAAUUUGUCAAUAAUGAUAUGUAUGGAUCGCAUGAGUUGCUAGCUCUGAUGGUGGUUGUUUACGCCGAGAUUCUAGCCAAUAAUGUCGGUGCCAAAGACAAUGACGGCCACCACUUGUUGUCGGUGCUACUCUCAUUGGUUGGCAUCAAACAGAUACAAUCCUUGGAUGAUAAACAACUGUUCCUGGUGCUAGUUUACGCUCAGAGAUGUCUUCAGAAUGAAGGCUCGGUGUCUUUAUUGCUUACUGAUGAACAAUACGCUCCUAUCAUGUGGUACUUGGUUGCCCAAUUGGACAGAGUCCCCGAUUCAAGUGCCAAUGAACGAGUUUUAGUGAACAUUUUCCAAUUGAUAGUUUCCCAUGAGAGUUACUCUGCUUUCUUACAGAGAGAAUUCACUGGUGGUGAAGAUGAAGCCAAGUUGCUUGAGGUUUUGAAAGCCAGUCGUUUGAUAGUGACUUCCUCGGAUGAAUGGGACAACUAUCAAGUGGCAGCGAUUCUUGCCUGGUUGUUUGAGUACUUCAAAGCCUAUGCUGAUGAGUCGAUGGCAUUGCUUUCAAGUGAAAACCCUAAACCUAACUCUGAAAGGUUGCUGUUUGUGCAUUCAAUCUUGGUUGUAGUUUUAGACAGUAUGGCAGAUUUGGGCAAACUAAAUUCUGCAAGACAGUUUUUCCAACACUACAAUGCCAUAGAUAAGCUUGUCCCGCUUUUAGGAGUGGUUCACAGAGAAGUGGAGAGGAAAACAUUAAAGUCAAAGUCAAACAAGAUUAACGAAGUUUCAGAUAAAGAGUUCCCUGAAGUGAAGAACUUCAUCAUUGAAUUGAUUACUUAUUUGGCACAUGAAUCGUUUGAGACUCAAGAGAAGGUAAGAAAGUUACAUGGAUUGGAAGUGGUAUUGUCUAGUUGUAUUAUUGAUGAUAACAAUCCAUACAUGAAAGAAAGAGCCAUUGUUUGUCUCAAGACUUUACUCUUCAAUAACCCGGGCAAUCAAAAGGUUGUUGCACAGUUAGAAGCUCAAGGUACAGCUGAUGACAGUGCGUUACGUGAAGCAGGCUACGAAGUAGAAGUUGUUGAUGGUAAAGUGCAAGUUAAGAAACAAGUUCAACAGGUAUGA